GUGCUGCCAACAGUCGACAGACCCGUCGGGACUCGCCGACAGCGAAUCGUGGGGCCUCGCCACCUGCCGUCAUGCUGGUGGGGUUCGCGGAGCUUAGCCCAGCGACGCGACCCGCCCAUGUGAGGGCGCGGGCUCGGCACGCCGCGGGACCAGCGAUUUAUUAGGCAGGCCAACGGUCACCUUGAAAUUCGCCGCCCCAGGGAGCGGGGAGACCUUCCUCAUCGGGCGCGUUAUCAUGAGAGAUUUGCGGGUUUAGUUAGCCACAACUACCUAGGUACAGAAUUGGCAAGACUUUUUUUCUUUUUUUCUGGCUCUAUUUACAUAGCAAGCCAUCGCCAGUCUUUUUUUGGUUCACCGUCAUUUCGACCGGACUUUACUGCGGUCCCGCGCUACUCCGUACCCGUCAUCGCAUCCCCCCACCUCAAUAGUUGUCCACUCUCACAGCUUCACCACUCAACCACACAGCAUGGAUUUGCCAGUCGUCGACCUCGACGUCUUCCGCAACCAGCCGCGCGACUCUGCAGCGGUGCAGGCAGAAUGUGCCAAGGCGGCGGAGGCGCUCAUCACAUUUGGGGCGCUGGUGCUACACGACUCGCGCGUGUCGGAGCAGGACAACGACGCCUUUCUCGACCUGCUCGAGGACUACUUCGCGCAGCCCGAGGCGGACCUCAAGCGCGACGAGCGGCCCGAGCUGAGCUACCAGAUUGGCGUCACGCUGGAGAACACUGAGAAGCCCAAGUGCGCCGCCGACGAGCCGUGCCUGCGCGUCAUUGAGCGCCUCGAGCCCUCGGAGCGGCCCCUCGACAUCACCGCCCACAACCCCGACCCCAAGUGCCGCUUCUUCUGGAAGAUGGUCGAGCGCCCCCCCUACGACACAAAGUUCCCCGGCCUCAACGCCCCCAACAUCAUCCCCGAGGCCCCGCACAUCGCCGCCCGCUGGGGGUCGACCAUGGACCAGUGGGGCGCCUCGAUGAAGAAUGCUGUUGAAGGGCUCACCGAGAUGACUGCCGUGGGCCUGGGCCUGCCGGCCGAGACGUUCAAGGACGCCGGGCGAUACGGACCGCAUCUGCUGGCGCCAACAGCAUCGGACCUGCAAAAGUACGGAGCCAAAGACACGAUCCUCGCAGGGUUCCACACGGACCUCAACUUCCUGACCAUCCACGGGCGGUCGCGGUACCCGGGGCUGCACAUCUGGGCGCGCAACACGGGCCGGCGCAUCGCCGUCAAGAUCCCGCCCGGCAACAACCUCCUGGUGCAGGCCGGCAAGCAGCUCGAGCACAUGACGGGCGGGCUCGUCAAGGCCGGCUUCCACGAGGUCGUCGUCAACGACCAGACGCUCGCCGUCAUUGCUGCUCGCCGUGAGAAGCAGCCUGACCGCCCCCUCGUCCGCAUCUCGUCUACCUUCUUCUGGCACCUGUCGUCGGACGUCGAUCUGGUGCCCAUCCCGGCGCUUGCUGCCAAGGCUAAGGAGCUUCGCGCCGAGCAGUUCAAUCUGGGGAGAGAUGAUGGCGAUGAUGUUGAGUACCCGCCCAUGAAGGUCGGGGAGCAGGUCCAGAGCGAGCUCAAGCACAUCGCGCUGAUGGCGUGAGGGGCCGACGUUGCCCAGCCUAUCGAAUUUAGCGCCGCUACAGGUCUGAGUCUUGGUUGCACGGCAUUAGUUAGCUCCGUUGGUUUGGUUUCUUGGGCCUGUGGACCAUGGCCAUGUGCCUGGGGUUGUACGGCCUCUGCAUCGUUUGAAAUGUUACACUGCCUUGGACGUCGUCUUUUUUGGUGUCAAUGAUUGUUUGCAAAGUUGUGCCUAUGCAUCCCGCCCUUUUUGAACCUCUCUUGCACAUAAUUAUCAUCUUUUCCAGCUUUCCUCGCAAAUCCUGAGCUGAAUACCUAGAUAGUUGGUCGCUAAAAAAAAUUAAGCCUCAUCCAAAGUUUUGUUAGGUUAAAAUCAGGCUCGCUUCACCCUCGGCUCACUCACCUCUGGCUCACCAUACCACUGGAUUGUUAACUUUACGCGAUGAGGGACAAGUUUGAGCUAGAUGGGGUUGGCUUAUUUCUGGUCCCCGCCCCCCC